AGAAAUACGAAGAAGUGCCUGACAUAGAACUUAACCCCAUGGACAAAUCUGUGCUCUCUGACGUGACUCUGGGGUUUACUCCAGCGACUGACGUCACAAGAGACAUCAUGCAGAAGGUUUCUGCCGACCACCUUCCUGACGGUACUGUGAGCUGAUGGCUGUGUUCUGUCUGUUACGGAAAGCCUCUGCGGUCUUUUGCUGUUUGCUUUACUGAGUAAAUACUGUUCUUAACAUUUAGAUGUAUGUCCUUCCACCAAAACAUAGUUUUAUAAAAUAUUAAAAUCACUUAAUUCUGCUGCCUUAUGUUUCUUGUGAAACUUUAUAUCCUUCGUAAUAGGAGGCAUAUUUUAUAUUUUAAUAUUUUGUAUUUACAUCAUAGACCAUUUUAUAAAAUACGAAUAUUUCACUUUGAUUCGGACUCAUGUAACUACUAAGAAGCUAGAAAUACGUGGUAGAGAUUGUAAAGCACUAGUCUUCCCAGAUGGCGUUGCCUGUUUUUGGAGACUGUCACUGUGCCUGGCACCCAAGUCCAUUUUUCUCUGUUUGUCUUUCUUUCUCACAAAGAAACGGACUAGAGAACAGUGUCAGCAACGCGUGAGGUAAUCCUGGACCUACAGUGGCUGUGAGGAAAUCUGAGCAAAACCUGGAGAAAGUGACAGUAACGCUGGUGCCAGGGGGACUGACGUGAUGAAAUGCUGAGUCAUAAUUACCGAAGAAUAUGCAAGUGAAAAGGAAUUGCUAGCAUCGAGUCUUUCCAAGUCCAGCAACUUUGUAGGUGUGGUUUUCAAAGACUUCAUGUCCUAUGAACUCCGGUUUUUUCCUGAUAAGAUUCCAGUAUCUUCUAUAUAUAUGGAUUCAAGAGCUGGCUGUUCAAAAUCAUGUGAGGCUGUUCAGUACUGGUCCUCAGGGUUCACAGUUUUACAGGCCUCGAUAGAUGCUGCCAUUAUACAGUUGAAGACCAAUGUUUCUUUUUGGAAGGAGCUGGAGUCAACUAAAGCUGUUAUUAUGGGAGAAACUGCUGUUGUAGAAAUAGAUACCUUCCCCCGAGGAGUAAUUUUAAUAUACCUAGUUAUAGCAUUUUCACCUUUUGGAUACUUUUUGGCAAUUCAUAUUGUAGCAGAAAAAGAGAAAAAGUUAAAAGAGUUUUUAAAGAUAAUGGGACUUCAUGACACUGCCUUUUGGCUGUCCUGGGUUCUUCUGUACACAAGCUUGAUUUUUCUCAUGUCGAUUCUCAUGGCAGUCAUUGCGACUGCGUCUUCGUUGUUCCCUCAAAGCAGCUGCUUUGUGAUAUUUCUACUCUUUUUCCUGUACGGCUUGUCAUCUGUAUUUUUUGCUUUAAUGCUGACACCUCUUUUUAAAAAAUCAAAACAUGUGGGAAUCGUUGAAUUUUUAGUCACUGUGGCAUUUGGAUUUGUUGGCCUUUUGAUUGUCCUCAUGGACGGUUUCCCCAAAUCUUUAGUGUGGCUCUUAAGUCCCUUCUGUCAGUGUACUUUUUUGAUCGGUAUUGCACAGGUCAUGCAUUUAGAAGACUUUAAUGAAGGUGCUUUAUUUUCCAACUUGACUGAAGGGCCGUACCCUCUGAUCAUCACCGUCGUCAUGCUGGCACUCAACAGCACCUUCUAUGUCCUCCUGGCUGUCUAUCUUGACCAGGUCAUUCCAGGAGAAUUCGGCUUACGGAGAUCAUCUUUUUAUUUUCUGAAGCCAUCAUAUUGGUCAAAGAGCAAAAGAAAUUAUAAGGAGUUAUCAGAGGGCAAUGUUAAUGGGAAUAUUAGUUUUAGUGAAAUUGUUGAGCCUGUUUCUUCAGAAUUUAUAGGAAAAGAAGCCAUAAGAAUCAGUGGUAUUCAGAAGACAUACAGAAAGAAAGGUGAAAAUGUGGAGGCUUUGAGAAGUUUAUCCUUCGACAUAUACGAGGGUCACAUUACUGCACUUCUCGGCCACAGUGGGACGGGAAAGAGUACAUUGAUGAAUAUUCUUUGUGGCCUGUGCCCACCGUCAGAUGGGUUUGCAUCUAUAUAUGGACACAGAGUCUCAGAAAUAGAUGAGAUGUUUGAAGCAAGAAAAAUGAUUGGCAUUUGUCCACAGUUAGAUAUGCAUUUUGAUGUUUUGACAGUAGAAGAAAACUUAUCCAUUUUGGCUUCAAUCAAAGGAAUACCAGCCAAUAAUGUAAUACAAGAAGUGCAGAAGGUCUUACUGGAUUUAGACAUGCAGGCUAUCAAAGAUAAUCAGGCUAAGAAGCUAAGUGGUGGUCAAAAAAGAAAACUGUCUUUAGGAAUUGCUGUUCUUGGGAAUCCAAAGGUGUUGCUGCUGGACGAACCGACAGCUGGAAUGGACCCUUGUUCUCGUCAUGUUGUUUGGAAUCUUCUGAAAUACAGAAAAGCCAAUCGGGUGACAGUGUUUAGUACUCAUUUCAUGGAUGAAGCCGACAUUCUUGCCGAUAGGAAAGCGGUCAUAUCACAGGGGAUGCUAAAGUGUGUCGGCUCUUCAAUUUUCCUCAAGAGUAAAUGGGGAAUCGGCUACCGCCUGAGCAUGUACAUAGACAGAUACUGCGCCUCGGAGUCUCUUUCUUCUCUGGUUAAACAGCACAUACCUGCGGCUGCUUUGCUACAGCAGAAUGACCAGCAGCUUGUGUACAGCUUGCCUUUCAAGGACAUGGACAAAUUUUCAGGUUUAUUUGCUGCUUUAGACACUCAUUCAAAUUUGGGUGUUAUUUCUUAUGGUGUUUCCAUGACGACUUUGGAAGAUGUAUUCUUAAAGCUAGAAGUUGAAGCGGAAAUUGACCAAGCAGAUUAUAGUGUGUUUACUCAGCAGCCACCAGAGGAAGAAUUGGAUUCGAAAUCUCUUGAUGAAAUGGAGCAGAGCCUGCUUAUUCUCUCUGAAACCAAGGCUUCUCUGGUGAGCACCAGGAGCCUUUGGAAACAGCAGGUGUUUACAAUCGCAAAGUUUCACUUCCUUACCUUGAAACGGGAAAGCAAGUCAGUGCGAUCUGUGUUGCUUCUGCUUUUAAUUUUUUUCACAGUUCAGAUUUUUAUGUUUCUGGUGCAUCACUCUUUUAAAAAUGCCGUGGUUCCCAUCAAACUUGCUCCAGACUUAUACUUCCUACAACCUGGAGAUAAACCUGAGAAAUACAGAACGAGUCUGCUUCUUCAGAAUUCUACUGAUUCAGAUAUCAGUGACCUUCUCAGCUUUUUCACAAGCCAGAACAUAAUGGUGACAGUGUUUAACGACAGUGACUACGUGUCUGCUGCUCCGCACAGCGCGGCUCUGAACGUGGGCCAGUCGGGAGAGGAGUAUGUUUUUACUGCUGUUUUCAACAGUACUAUGGUUUAUUCUUUACCUGUAUUGAUGAAUAUCAUUAGUAACUACUACCUUUAUCAUUCAAACCUGACCGAAGGCAUCCAGGUCUGGAGUACCCCAUUCUUCCAAGAAAUCACCGACAUAGUCUUUAAAGUCGAGCUGUAUUUUCAAGCAGCUUUGCUCGGGGUCAUUGUCGCUGCGAUGCCGCCGUACUUCGCCAUGGAGAACGCAGAGAACCAUAAGAUCAAAGCUUAUACUCAACUUAAACUUUCGGGCCUUCUGCCUUCUGCGUACUGGAUUGGACAGGCUAUUGUCGACGUCCCCUUGUUUUUUGUGGUUCUUACUUUGAUGUUAGGCAGUUUAUUUGCAUUUCACUAUGGAUUAUAUUUUUAUGCCGUCAGAUUCCUUUCUGUGGUUUUUUGCCUCAUUGGUUAUGUUCCAUCAGUUAUUCUGUUUACCUACGUUACUUCUUUCACUUUUAAAAAAAUUGUGAAUACCAAAGAAUUUUGGUCCUUUAUCUAUUCUGUGACAGCACUGGCUUGUAUCAUAGUCACGGAAGUAACUUACUUCAUGGGGUACACAGUCACAGUUAUUCUUCAUUACACCUUUUGCAUAGCUGUUCCAGUCUAUCCGCUUCUGGGAUGCCUGAUUUGUUUCAUAAAGAUUUCUUGGAAGAACAUUCAAAAAAAUGAGGACACCUACAACCCAUGGGGUAGCCUUUUGGUGGCUGUUAUAUCGCCCUACCUCCAGUGUGUGCUGUGGGUUUUCCUCUUGCAGUACUACGAGAGAAAAUACGGAGGCAGGUCAUUAAGAAAGGAUCCCUUUUUCAGGACCCUUUCAACAAAGUCCAAAAUUAGGAAGUUUCCAGAAGCACCAAACAGUGAGGACGAAGACGAAGAUGUCAAAGCUGAAAGACUGAAGGUCAGAGAGUUGAUGAGCUGCCAGUGCUGCGAGGAGAAGCCAGCCAUUAUGGUCAACAGUUUGCAUAAAGAAUAUGAAGACAAGAAAGAUCUUCUUACAAGAAAAAUAAAGAAAGUGGCAAAUAAAUAUGUCUCCUUCUGUGUUAAAAAAGGAGAGAUCUUGGGGCUACUGGGUCCAAAUGGUGCAGGAAAAAGCACAAUUAUUGGUCUUCUGGUUGGUGACAUAGAGCCAACUUCAGGCCAGGUAUUUCUAGGAGACUAUUCUGCAGACCCAGCUGGAGAUGAUGACUCCGUUAAGUGUAUGGGCUACUGUCCUCAGAUAAACCCACUGUGGCCAGAUAUUACGUUACAGGAGCAUUUUGAGAUUUAUGGAGCUGUGAAAGGCAUGAGCGCCAGUGACAUGAAAGAGGUCAUAACUCGAAUAACAAAUGCACUUGAUUUAAAAGAACAUCUCCAGAAAACGGUAAAGAAACUACCCGCAGGAAUCAAGCGAAAGCUGUGUUUUGCUCUGAGUAUGCUGGGGAACCCUCCCGUUACUCUGCUAGACGAACCGUCCACAGGUAUGGACCCUAAAGCCAAACAGCACAUGUGGAGAGCGAUUAGAACUGCGUUCAAAUCCAGAAAGCGGGCUGCUGUCCUGACCACUCAUUACAUGGAGGAGGCCGAGGCCGUCUGCGACCGCGUGGCCAUCAUGGUGUCCGGGCGGUUAAGAUGUAUUGGGACAGUCCAACAUCUGAAGAGUAAAUUUGGAAAAGGAUACUUUUUGGAAAUCAAAGUAAAGGACUGGAUAGAAAACCUGGAAGUAGACCGUCUUCAUAGAGAAAUUCAGUAUAUUUUCCCAAAUGCAAGCCGUCAGGAAAGUUUUUCUUCUAUUUUGGCUUAUAAAAUUCCUAAGGAAGAUGUUCAGUCCCUUUCACAAUCUUUUUCUAAGCUGGAAGAAGCUAAACAUGCUUUUGCCAUUGAAGAAUACAGCUUUUCUCAAGCGACAUUGGAACAGGUUUUUGUAGAACUCACCAAAGAGCAAGAGGAAGAAGAUAACAGCUGUGGCACUCUGAACAGCACCCUUUGGUGGGAAAGGACCCAGGAAGACAGAGUAGUGUUUUGAAUUUGUGUUGCUCAGUCUGCUCACUGUAUUUCUUGUAUUUCUUUCCUUCUCACUUUAUUUUAACUCUGGUUUAAAAGUUUAUUGCUUGAAUGGUAAUUGGAGAACUGUGAAGGCGCGUGGGAUUUUCGUGACUUCGAUAAUUGAAGUGCUGUUGGUUGUGUAUUUUGCUUUUCUUCAAAUAAAACUUGUGUAUAAUGCAUUGAAACUGUAUGUCCUUAUCUGAAGUAUAUUGCAUUGUCUUCUGUAUGUGAAGUUGAAUAUGUGCUUUUUCGCUUUUCAGAAACAGUGCUUGUGAUUUUAUGAUUUGAAGAAAUAGUGAUAGAAUCAUUUUAUUUUGAACAGUUCCCUUUUAAGUGUAUACCAUCUUGUUACAUAAGUAUGUAAUGCCCCAGUCUAAAUAAGAAACAACCACAUGAAUAAUACAUAGAACAGAGACAUAAAGCAAGAAUUUGCUUCUCCUUUUUAAUUUCUAGAAGAAACCGAAUGGAAGUUGGCAUCCUGAAAAGCUAGACACUGGCCAGUCUCGGUGCAGGUAGAGGUUUGCGGGAGGUGACGUGCACUAGGUGGCGCUCAUCAGCUGGGAUAACUGAAGCCAGACCUUGUUAUGUUAGCUGAUUUUAGACACAAGGUGACUCAGGUUCAGGUCUCUUGUUACAGUUCUUUUGCUUCCGGUACAAUGCAGAGGUGUCUCAAUUAUUGUGGACGACUGUGUCUAGAAUCUUAUUAAGAAAUAGCCUGAUUCUUUUGACUGUUUGAGGCUAGAAUGACAGACAUCUAUAGAGUGACAAGAAUUAACCCGUACCUUCUCCUCCACCCCUUGUGGAAGACAUUAAGUUUUUUGUCAUCUUCCUUCCAAAGGACACAUUUUUAUUCUAGAAAUAAACUUUAUUAUUUGAAUAUCUCUCUCCUUUAUGGAGUUCUAAGUAUAUCACUGUGUUGAUUUAUUUAGUUACUCAUCUCAGAUUCACUUUGGAAUGUGGUGGCAUGUAAAUAAACUUUGGGGGUUAAAUUAAGGAUAAGUAAACUAUACAUAGUUCUCUUUAAAACGAAACCAGAAUCUCACUCCUUGACAGAGCUGAAGUAAGAUUAUGGUUAAGGUAAUCUUAGAAGUACCUCCUUGUGGACCCCAUGCGUGGACCAUAGGUUUAAUAUGAUGUAAACCAUACUAGUUGGCAUUAUAUUUCAACCAGAUGAAUGUAAGUUAUUAACUUUGUGAAAACAAAUAUAUUAAGGGUGUGAUUAUCGCGUUACCAAGAGUCUUAAAGAACAACAGUCACAACAGAAGGAUUUGGUACUUAGUUCCUCUAACCCUUUAAUGAAGCUGUUAACUAUUGUAGGUAAAUCAUAACUUUUCGCUGUCGUGUGUGGUAAGACAGCUGUGCUUUUAGGCUCCAGCAGCUGCCUUACAACAGUGUACCUUCCUCAGCCGCAGUACAAGGUACACGACUGGUGUUUUCGUCUCUUGCUUUGGCCACAUUCCUAAGGGUGCAGGUACAUCACCUGCUGUCUCAGAGGUCUGCCUUCCCGCUAGCCUAAGUGAGCUGUCUUACAGCCUCGGCAUGCAUCCCGCAGCCUGCGGCGAGGUUACUUCCCCUCGUAGGAUUCAGCUGGACUAGUGUCUAAUCUCUUAUUUUGAAGGCCCUUGCCUUACGAUACCUAACUUUUGGUUCUUCACCUGAGAAUCUCGCUUUUCCAUCCUUCGUAAAAGUCGUAACUUCUAAUCUGCAGUGCUUGCAUGAUGAAGACAAGUCUGGAAACCUUUGAAACAAAAUCUUCACCUUUGUAGAUAAUUUAAUAAAUAGCACAUCGUAUCUUCUAAGCAAAUCGCUACUAAGCGGUGCCGUAAAUUUAAAGAGGCAUCUUACAGGGUCUAACACUCAUAUGAGUACCCGGGGCUUCUCUUUGGGGCGUGUCUUUGUAGCUCUGCUGACCAGUCACAGUCAUGUUCCUGUCUACUAAGUUCAUCCAGUUACUUGACUGUUGUUGUGCUUUUGCAAGCAUUUUUUUUAAAAAGACAUUUUUUUCCCCGCUUUUACAUAAUUAGCGUGAAUAUAUUUUGGUCGUAAGUCAGAUUAUUUGUAGGAAUGUUCUGUUCCCGUUUCUUCACAGUAAGAGAAUUUUUCCUCUUCAGGAGUGUAAUUUAACAACUGCUUAGGAAAACAAGGGUAAGUGGGGUGGGAAGAAAAGGAGAGAGCAGGUCAAAUAUGAAGUUUAUCUCUGUUGACAGCGUACGGUUCAAAAUGUCUUAACUUACAACCUCAAAACUUUUUCUGUACCAAUACAAAUAAAUAUAAAUAUGUAUAAAUCAGGAAAAAGUUAGAAAAACCCACAUCCCCUGGCUUGUAUUUUCCACCCAUGAUCAAAGUUUGAAAGUAAAGGCUGACUUCACGGGUCGACCGUGGUUCGUAACCAGCAAGGCACACGUCCGUCUGCAGCGUCAGCUACGUCUUUUGCAUCUCCCUCUGUGAGCGCUUAAUCGUUUUUCCAGUUUGUUCUCAGUAAAAGGCUGUAGGUUUUCUUUAAAGCCUUUUUUUUUCUUUUAAAUUGGCCCAAACUAUCUAAAACCAAUAUUUUUUUUAUCAUUAAAGUGUUUUUAGAGUAAUUUAAUUCAGCAGACAUCUUAGCAAGUUGCAAGCAUUGGGUUCCUUGGAUAGAAGGGUCACUGUGCACCGGGCAGGCGCUGUGGGAUCUCACAGCCCCGUAGGAGGAGGUCAGAUACUUCUGUAACUAACGCUGAUGCAGCAUGGCAGGUGCUGUGCGAGUGGUGCUAACACUAGUUUAUUGGGGCGUGGUUCUACUUAGGCUUAGUGUUGUCAUGCUUUUAUUGUUGUCCUGUUGGUCACACAGCAUUUUCUUCUGAUUGUACUCUGAAUUUGAUGAAAAAUCAUGCUGUAUUUUUAUGUAACAUAAAUACACAUUAAUUUUUAAAAAAAUAGAAAUGCUAACCCCUAAUAUAUUUUUAAUAUUGCUAACAUUGAUUCUUCUUUUUCUUUCCUGAAAGAACGUGUUACAUAAAAUGAAAGAAUUUAUUCUCAGGUGAAUAAUUUUUAUAUCAGCUAUUCUUAUAUGGUAAAAGUUUACUUAUUUUUUUAUUCAUAAUGUGUUACAUGUAAGUAAUUCUCUGCGCCAUUUAAGAAAAAUAAAUAUGAUUAUAUUAUUAGUAAUAAGCUUUAAGAACUGAAAACUUAAGACAACCCUUCAUUUUGCAUGAAAUGGAUUGUUAUUUAGUGUUGAUGAACAAAUAAUGAGUGUCCUAUAUUAAAAAUGAAGGAAAAACCUGGCACUAAAACUGUUAGUAAUUUAUUUCUAGUAUCUGUUGGGUGUUUUCAGGAAGGUUCAAGGAGGAACAUAAGCAGUUUCUUGUGUUUUAAUUCACAUUCAUAUUUUAAACUUAAACAGAUAUUCUUGUAGAUCUUUUUAUCUCCAAAUCUAUUUUGUGAAAAUAUAAAGCGAUCAUUUUUACUUCCAUUGUUUUACAUUUAACAGAUUAACGUAUUCUGAAAUAGUUAAUACAUUUUUAUCAUUUUCCUUAGAAUGUUUGAAUACAUUGAUUCUCUCCACACCUAGAUAAGAUUUUAAAUUUAAUGAACCAGUUUUUCUCAAGCACCUAAGCAGUUCUUGCAAAUCUAAUUAAUCCAGUUAAGCAAAUAAACAUCAUAAUUUUAAGCACCUUAAAAAUAGACGGCAUACACAAAACUACAUGACUGGAAAGCCUGCUACCACAUUUGUAUAAAUGCAGAAUUCCAAAAACAUUGGUACAGUAAUUUAAAGUAAUUAUUUCCCCCAUAUCUACACAUAGGCCUUCCCAGGGUCACAACAUUUGCCAAGGAAAGGGCCAUCUCAGGUCACUGAAGUUCACCUCUUGAUGACUAGGGACUGAGAGGUGUGUGAUACCUGCGGUUGCUCAGGUAAUGUGGGAACUGCCGCAGAUGUGAUUACAGCAAAUGCUAACAUAGGCGUACCACCUGCAUCCGCCCUCAGAGGCUAAGCUGGCAGCGGUUCAGGUGACCCCUUUUUUAAGUUCAAGCUUUGACUUUUUGAGCUUUUAGCUGUGACUUAACAGUUUGAGGUUUUUGCAACCUGGUAUUUUUUCCUAAGACAAGAUAUCGCUUAAGUUUUAUUGUCAGGUUGGAUUUUCCAAGUUCUGCGUUGUAAGUGUAGCGUAACCUUGUUAACUGAAGACUGGCUAAAUGAAUCCCUCACUUGGUGCGAUUUUAUUUCCCUUUUUAUUUGUACUUCUCAUGUGUGUCGUUGACCACACUCCUGUGGUCGUUUUAUUAACAGUCUGGUAUCAGUGUUAUUUUGCAUCACAUCAUCUAAUUCUUACUGUCACAUGGUUGUAGGAAAAGAUGCCGAAUGCUAAUUUUCUUGUUUAUGUGUUAGCUGGUAAUUUCUUUGGCCACAUUGUACUUUUGAUACUGUUAUGUAAUAUUAUGUAAUUGGUACUUGUUUUCCGUUGACUACAUCCAAACACAUCAACAGUAUGUGAAAUCAGGACUGCGACUGAAUGAGAUCAAAAGUGUUCUUGGUCCAGCUUACAAACUGAUACACCCUUUCUUCUAAUGCCAGUUAUAUUCUUAAUUUUUAAAGGCAUUUUUACUUUCAUUUUUAAUGAAUAAGCAAUAUACACAACAUGGUUCAAAAUUUAAA